UUUUUUUUUUAAGAAAAAGAAAUAAAUGUCACUAUUAACGAAAUUAACAAAACCGAUUCUCGCAAAACAAUGUUCAACUAAACCACAAGUAACAUUAACAACAAAGAGAUGGUUGACAUUAACAACUAAUACAAAUAGAGCAUAUCAAACACAAUUAAAAAAUAAACGUCAUUAUUCUUCUACACAGAGAUCCCCUUCUUCUUCUUCUUCUUCUCCUAAGAUCUUUACUUGGAAGUCAGCAGUUGUAUUAGGUUUAACAGCUGUAGGUCUCGUAAUAUACUUUAAAAACGAAAAAGAAAAACUUAAAACACUACGUGCUAAACGUGAACGUGAUAAGAUUCGAAAACUGGGUCGACCCGCUAUUGGUCAGGAACCAUUCGAACUCUUUAAUGUCAACCAGGGCAAACGAAUGACAUCUAAGGAAAUCCUGCAAGGACAUUUUUCAUUGGUUUAUUUUGGAUUUACACAUUGUCCUGAUAUUUGUCCUGAAGAAUUAGACAAAAUGGCCGAGGUUGUGGAAGAAGUUAAAGAAGUAGUCCCUAUCUUUAUUACAGUUGACCCCUUACGUGAUACCGAGGAAUUAGUUAAAGAAUAUGUACAAGACUUUCAUCCAAACAUGAUUGGACUGAUAGGAGACGCAGAAGAAUUGAAAAGAGUAGCUAGAUCAUACCGUGUUUAUUCUUAUACUCCACCUAACGUUACCCCUGAAGAUGAUUAUUUAGUGGAUCAUUCCAUCUUUAUUUAUUUAAUAGAUCCAAAGGGACGAUUUGUAGAUUGUUAUGCAAGAGAUACUUCUUCUGAGGAAGUAGUAGCUAGUGUAAAGAAUUAUAUCCAAGACUAUCUUCAAGAUGAAAAACAAAAGAAAUAAUGAUAAUAAUAAAAUAUAUAAUCAUGUUUAUUAAUAAUUUCCUAAAGUAUUACUUCGAUUUAAACAUGGCUUAUGCUGUACAUGAUGAUGAUUUAUUGUAGAACGAUGUCUUGGAGGUGGUGGCAAUGGAGAUGAUACAACGGGCACUGAAGUAAUAACGAUUGAUAAAUCACUUUUAUCUUUACUAAUGUCUGUGUAUAAACAAAAUUAAUCAUGUAAUUGUGAAAGGACGUAUUUUUCUUUAAAUACAAUUACUUUCUUCCUCUUCUUCUUUUAUUGAUUGAUAAAUAUAGCUACUAUGUCUUCUAUGUAAAACAGUCUUAUUCUCUUCUUCUUGUCUAUGUUUCUUUUUUUUAAUUGUCAUCAACUUUUUAAUCUUUUGUGAAAUUGAUAUUAGUCCACUAUUGUUGUUAUCCAUUGACGAAAUCAAAGGAAAGAAAGAAAAAAAAAAAA